AUGGUUGGUGAGGCAGUCAGGAAUGGACGUAUUUCUCCUUUGGUGGUUGGUCGAGACAGCGUGGAGCUAUCACACCUCCAGUUUGCUGAUGAUACAAUUCUGUUUUGUCCACCUGAAGAUGAGACAAUGAAGUACUACAAGCGGCUCCUGCGUUGGUUUGAGUUAAUGUCAGGGCUCAGUAUUAAUUUCGAAAAGUCUAGUUUGAUUCCUAUCAAUUGUGAAGAGCAGCGGGUACGUAGUAUGUGUAGGAUGUGGGGUUGUAAGGAAGAUGCCCUCCCUGUGAAAUACCUUGGAGUCCCUUUAGGAGCUAAUCCGAGGCUGGUUAAGACCUGGAUGCCCAUCAUCGAUAAAGUGGAAGAGAAACUAAGUCUUUGGAAGGCGAAGGUGCUAAACAAAGCGAAAAAGUUGGUGCUCAUCAAAUCAGUCUUGAAUAGCCUACCAGUGUACUAUUUGAGCCUCUAUAAGAUGCCGAAGGCAGUUGCUGAGAAGUUGAUUUUUUUGCAGAAAAGAUUCCUAUGGAGUAAGGAGGAUGGGAGGAAUGGCAUGGCGUUGGUGAAAUGGGAGUUAGUACAGGCCCCAAAAAAGCUAGGCAGUUUUGGAGUCGGCGAUUGA